AUGGGCGACUCGCCUUCCGUACAAGGUCUCCAGAAAGCCAUUCCACUCACCGUAUCCUACGACUCACAUUACAGUAACUUCACAUUCGCCGCUGGACCUGUGCGAGUAGAGGCGCGAUUCUUUUCUCCUGUUCUACCAAAAGAUCUCUGCAAGAGCAGUAUUCCGCUCAGCUACCUGCAAGUCGAGUGGGUCGCCACCGAUGAGCUUUCGCAUGAUGUACAGCUCUACUCAGACAUCGAUUCUAUCUGGCUUGCAGGCGGCAACGUUUCAUUCGACUGGACCAUGAACUGCCCUGGUGAGUCUUUCGGCGAAACUCAAUGCCCGUCCAAGGGAAUGGAGACACCCGACACAUUGUUUCAUUGGGAAGCACUAAUUAUAGAUGAGCUUUCAUGGUCCGAUCGUGGCCGUAAACAGGAACCGUACUGGGGCAGCCUACACUACGUCUCUUCUCCCGGUAUGAGCACCGAAUUCGAUACUGCAAACGGUCUGGCGACUACUAUACGAAGGCAGUUCGUCAAGAACGGCAGAGUGCAUCAAUCUCUCGACCGGGAUCAGUCUCAGGUACCUCCAUUUGAUCGAAUGCCAGUGUUCGGUUUCUUGCAUGGCUUCGCGUCUAGCCAAUCCGGGUCGGUGCUAUACACUGUCGGAACAACUCAAGAGCCUGCUGUGAACUACCGCACUGCUAGCGGGGACAUUGAGCUCCGACCAUGGUGGCUUACGAGCAGCUGCUAUUAUAAUACCAACAACAUGAUCCGCAGGCAUUACAAAGACUAUGCAGCUACCGCAAAAGAAGCCAAGCUUUGGACCAUGAAGCUGCGGAAUGACGUAGCUUUUUACUAUGCUGAGGACAAAGUGACCAAUACACAUGCAGAAGUAUCUUCGCUAUCUGAAGAGGAGUCGUACUACGCCAUUGUUGCGCUUUCCGCCCGCCAGAUCCUGGCCGCAAACGUCAUCACAGAAUCUGCAGACAACACUACAGGUCCAACUAUCUUUCAGAAAGAGAUCUCAUCAGACGGCAAAGUGAACACAGCCGACGUCAUAUACCCUGCCUUACCCUUCUGGCUCUAUGCAAACCCGGAGCUUCUUCGCUUGCUGCUCAAGCCCGUCUUUGAGUUCCAAGAGUCUGGACUCUAUCAUGAGCAAUAUGCCAUGCACGACAUCGGAAGAUUCUACCCAAACGCCAUAGGCUACUACAGCUCCACCGUUCCCGAUGAAGAAGGAGAAGAAGCGAUGCCCGUUGAAGAGAGCGCGAACAUGGUUAUUCUGGCUGCUUCGUAUUACUUAGCCACCAACGACACAGCAUUCCUUGUGAGCCACUACGAUAUCCUCAAGCGAUGGUCGCAAUACCUCAUAGACAACUGUCUAUACCCUGAGCAUCAGACCACGACAGGCAAGUAA